CAACGUUGGGAAAGGUCAAAGCUUGCAACAGGAAGGAUUAGAAAAGAAGUGUAUUGCAUGUUUUUUUCCAUAAUGCGGAUAGCUGUAUUGUACUGCGUGCUGUUGAUUGUGAGAGGACAGGUGGAUGACGACGAAUGGAUCGAUCCCACUGACAUGCUCAAUUACGACGCUACAACCAAAACUAUGAGGAAGCAGACAGAGGUUAACAACUAUAACAAUGUUCCUACCAAAAGAAGAGAAUAUAUUAAAGAUUCAGAUCAGCUGGUGACAUGUCCUGAUAUAACUGACUUCAACAACAAAAUUGACAGUUUACAGAGAGAGGUUGAAGAAUAUAAAAAGAAGAUUGCAUCUUUCUCAAAACAGUCUGGAUGCAAUCUUGUUUUUAGGAGAUACCUAAACAAGCUGUUGAAAGAUAUUCAGAAACUCGGCCUUCCUGAUGAAGUCAAAGGUUACGUCCACUAUGAUGCUGAGGUUGUUUUGUCAAGACAGUCGAUCUCUGAGAUUAGAAAGCUUCUGGAUGGGGAUGAGAGUUUGAAACCAGGGGCUUUGGAUGAAGCGCUAAGUCAGAUCUUAAUCAACUUCAAGCCCCAUGAUUAUGAAGCUUGGAAAUGGCGCUUCGAGGACACUUUUGGUGUGGAACUGGACACUGUUGUUCGGAUGUGUGUCUGUGUAUUAAUCAUUGUGGUGCUAAUCUGUACUGAACUGUGGAGUAGUGUUUCUUUGUUUAUGCAGUUCAGGCGGAUCUUUGCCAUUUGUUUCUGUAUCAGCCUUCUGUGGAACUGGAUGUAUCUUUACAAGAUUGCAUUUGCUGAGCACCAAAACAAUAUUGUAAAAAUGGAGUCCAUCAAUGACAAGUGUACUGGAUUGAAGAAGAUUGACUGGCAGGAUAACCUGAAAGAGUGGUUCAGAAGCACAUGGACACUGCAAGAUGACCCCUGUAAAAAAUAUUACGAGGUCCUCAUGGUUAAUCCCAUUUUAUUGGUACCUCCAACCAAGGCAAUUGCUGUUACCAUCACUACGUUUAUUACUGAACCGCUGAAACACUUAGGUCAAGGUAUAAGUGAGUUCCUCAGAGCUCUUCUAAAGGAUCUCCCUGUAACACUUCAGAUUCCUGUUCUUUUUACCAUUGUAGCGGCUAUCCUGAUAUUCAUGUAUGGCAGUGCCCAGGCAGCUAUCCACAAUGUGGCUUUUUGGCAUCGUCGGGGACACAAUGACCAACCUCCUGCUGUCCAGGCUCAGCCCCACACUCCACAGGUGCUCCCACAGGCGCACCCACAGGCGCAAGGCGAUUUGGGCGCUGUGGGCAGUGGGCAGGUAUAUCAGGAUCAACAAGCUGUCCGCUUCCGACACAACCACCAGAACAAGCAGAGCGGCAACCAUCGUGUCGAGAGAGUUGGACCAGCAGACAUUGUGGUUAGCGACGAAGAGAUUGACGGAGCUCCCCCUGCCGAUCCCGCUGAAACGGAGGGACAGAACUGCUGCGACGCAGCCACCACAGUGGAAGACGGAGGUGCAGGAGAAAAGACAGAGUUUCAGAAAGGGGAGAGAACUAGAGGCCGUGACAGUGGCUCACAGGCAAACCACCGUAUAAGACACUCGGUGUCUGUAAGUCCGGACGAAAGCAACACAGAACCAGAUCUGCAGGAGAAGGAAGAAUCCGCAAAGAAAGACAGAAGAACAAAUGGCCAUGAGAAUCCACUUGAAAACAAGAGCAAGUCCAGCACUGAAGACCCCAAACCAGACAGAAGCUGUUGCAAAGAGAAAACACAAUAGGAAUACAUUUGACAAUAUAUAGUCUGUAUUUGUAAAUGUUUAAAAAUGUACAGAAAAUUAUUUUUGAAACUGAAAGUUGAUUUUAUAUAGUGUGUUUUUGCAACAGUAUCUGUUGCGUUAUUUUACAAAGGCAGUCACAAGUCCUUUGUCUUUCCUCAAUCCUCAGAAUCUAGCAAGGAUUGGAGCCUACAGUAUGUGCCAUAUUUUUUUAGAGUGCUAUCUAAUUAGCAAAGUUGGCAGAAGAGGGCCUAAAGAUAUAACACUUUUUUGUGGGCAAAUCGCCAACUGCUAAAGUGCAAAAUGGGAAAUAAAUGAUCGAGAGCUAAGUCUGAGGAAGAAUACGUACAAACUCAAGAAAUAUGUAGUUGUGUUACAAUGUUAAUGCGAGAAUUCCUGAGGAUAAAACUGAGUUUAUACUACUUUUCUAAAGCUUGUUACUAGAUGAUUGAGCAUUUAAAAAAUGUUUAGAGGUGUGUGGUUAUCUGCUACUCUCUAUGGGAGGCUCCAGUAUCUCCUUUCACAGUGUUGAAAUGCUGUGAAAUCUGGGCACUAAUACAGAUUGUUCUGUCUUACAUGCCACUGCCACAAAAUGUAAAUUCAACCUAAAGCUUGAUCAUAAUAAAAAUUCCUUACACUUA